AUGAAUAAAUUUCAAAGAGACAACUGGAGGAAGUACUCCCUUAAGUUUACAGUAAAGGAUGGUGAGCUGUUUUACUGGCGUGGCAUGACUGUGAUGAUUGACAAUUGGAUUGCUGAGUGUGACCAAUGUCAACGUGAGGGAAAGACUCUGGGUACAGUUGCACCACUCCAAACAAUAAAGGUGUCUGCUGUUUGGGAGCUGCUGGGGAUUGACCUAACUGGGCCCUUCCCCAAAACUACUGAUGGCUAUCAGCAUGGGUGCCCGAAACGGAUCCUGUCUGAUCAAGGGCGGGAUUUUGUAAAUGAGCUCAAUGAUUCUCUGUGCUCUCUGCUGGGCAUUGAGAGAAGCGUCACCGCUGCGUACCACCCACAGACUAAUGGGUUGGACGAAAAGACCAACCACAACAUCAAGAGAGCUUUGAUGAAGUUGGUGAAUGAGCAGCAGAACAACUGGGACACAUUCCUUGAUGCCACACUGUUCUCUUUGAGGUCAAAGGUGCACAUCUCAACCAAACACACCCCAUUCCAGUUGAUGUAUGGGCGGGAGGCUGUGUUCCCCUCAGAGGUGCCUGUAGAUUAUCCUUGCAGCAGGAGACAAUCAUGGCACUUUCUUGACCCACCAAUCAAAAACAAGUGGAGGAAAAAUCAAGAGGCUUUUGGAGGAUUUGAAGAAGGGAAAAAUAGCAGAUUCACCAGGACACUGCCAAAUGUGACAGCUACACACCAAUGGAACUUGAGAGUGAGAAGGCGCUUGACAUACAAACAGAACAGAGCAAUGAGGGUAUGCCCCAUUGUACAAAGAAGAGCUAAAUGA